CAUAUAAUCAUACAGCUGAAAGCCAAAGACUAAGCUUCCUAUCUCCUUCGUCAUCGUUUUCUCUCGUAUUCAUCAUCGUCUAUAUGAAACUCCCUGCGGUCCUAACCCCAGAAGACUUGCCCCAUCUUUACAGCUUGCUUUACCAAAUGAAUGAUAUUACCAACGCGAGGAAGCGGCAGAAGAGGAAAGAUGAGGAAGACGGAGACAGUGACGCCGAGAAAGAACCCGACAAGAAGAAAGAUUUGAAAGGUAUUUUCACCUCCUUGUUGUUGUCUGAGGAGGAAGAAAAGCGCGACCAAGAAGAGCUCGACAGGGCAGCCGAGGAGGAGAAGCUGUUGUUCGAGUCAAACCACAAGAAUAAGACAAAAGCCAUGGGCGAGUACUACUCCAAUUUACAAGACUAUUACAUCGAAGCCGAGGAAGUGGAGAGGACCAACAGAAAGAAGUCCCGCCUCAUGGCCGGUGCGGUGGCAGUGGCCGUCGCGGACUCUGCCUCCGAUGGGCUCCAGAAGACCGAUAAAACGGAGAAGCGCGGAGGCAACGUUGGUGGUGGUGGAGGUGGGGGGGGUGGACACCGGAGAUUGUGGGUCAAGGACAGAUCGAAAGCUUGGUGGGACGAGUGCAACAGCCCGGACUAUCCCGAGGAAGAUUUCAAGAAAGCCUUCAGAAUGGGGAGGGCGACGUUCGAUAUGAUUUGCGAGGAGCUCAAUUCGGUCAUCGCCAAAGAGGACACGACUCUCCGCAACGCGAUUCCGGUCACCCAAAGGGUGGCUGUGUGUUUGUGGAGGUUGGCCACCGGUGACCCACUUCGCCUCGUCUCCAAACGCUUCGGCUUGGGCAUAUCCACUUGCCACAAGCUGGUUCUCGAGGUUUGUUCCGCGAUUCGGACGGUGCUAAUGCCCAAAUACUUGCAGUGGCCGGACGACAACGCGUUGAGGAAGAUCAAAGACGAAUUCGAAUCCAUUUCGGGAAUACCCAAUGUGGUGGGGUCUAUGUAUACCACGCACAUACCCAUCAUUGCGCCCAAGAUUAACGUGGCGGCUUAUUUCAACAGGCGCCACACGGAACGGAACCAGAAGACGUCGUACUCGAUCACGGUUCAAGGAGUUGUGGACCCAAGAGGGUCGUUCACGGAUGUGUGUAUUGGUUGGCCUGGUUCGAUGCCUGACGAUCAGGUGCUUGAGAAAUCUGCGCUUCACCAAAGGGCCAGCGGCGGGCUUCUCAAGGGCGUGUGGAUUGUCGGGAGUUCAGGGUACCCUUUGAUGGAUUGGGUUUUGGUGCCUUACACGCAUCCCAACCUGACUUGGCCGCAGAAUGCGUUCAAUGAGAAGAUUGGGGAGAUCCAGAGGGUCGCCAAGGACGCGUUUGGGAGAUUGAAAGGGAGGUGGUCUUGCUUGCAAAAGAGGACCGAGGUCAAACUCCAGGACUUGCCUGUGGUGCUCGGAGCCUGUUGUGUUUUGCACAAUAUCUGUGAGUUGAUGAAUGAAGAAAUUGACCCGGGGCUGCAGCUUGAGCUUGUCGAUGAUGAGAUGGUCCCCGAGGUUCCUUUGAGAUCGGUAAGCUCCAUGAAGGCUAGGGAUGCCAUUGCUCAUAAUAUUUUGCACCAUGGAAUCGGGGGCACUCGUUUUGUGUAGUGAAAAUAGUUGGUGUUUUGCUCAUUCAUUCUCCUAGUUGUGUUAUACAAGUCAUUCAUCAUUAUGUUGUACAAUAUAAGCAUAUAUAGUUUGUCCCUUCCACAAACGGGGAUGGUUGUAGUCUUUGUAGGCUUAAUUUAUACUUGAAACAUCACAGAUUCACAGACAUGUCUUAAACUAGGUUCCAUACUUCCAAUUACCAAAUAAAAGAUCUAAUGAAUAGAUUUUAAGCAACUUGGCAAUUCUUUUGCGACCCCCAUGUAUAGCAAGAUUAUUUUUUUCUUCAUAUUUUUCCUAUAUAUGGUCUUUUGAGUUUGAUGACAA